UGUACACGCGCUGCCUCGGAGGGAGACACACCCUCGGGUCCGGAGGAGGAGAGGCUCGGCCGGGAUGCAGAGAGGAGAGGGACGCAGCAGCUGCCGGUGCGCGUGUGAUGUUCGGGUCCUGGUCGGAGCUGGAGCUUUCAGCAGAAGGAGCCACCAACGGGCCCAGAGGAGCCUCUGUGGUGCUGCCUCACGUCCACUCACUGAGAGUGAAUGAGAACGGAGAGCUUUGCUUCAGGAAGCUGCAGCCAGAAGGGAUGUAGCAACUCACAUUGUUUACUGGACCAGAAGCAUGAUGUAGAUGCAGGCCUCUGUUUGGUCUGUGGGGACUGACUGAUCUACACAAGCACUUGUGCCUUUGAGCCAGCCAAACACUGCGACCCGGUCCCCGGUGACCCCUGUUGCUAUGCCAACGGUGAUGCUCGCAGCAACCGGGAACCCUCGGAGAAGCAGCGGGUCUACAGACGCACGCGCGUCCCUGAACGCAUCCCCUGCAGUGCUGAGACCGAGAGCAGGAGGCAUGUUCUGCGCGCGGGGCCUCCUGCUCGCUCUGCUGCUGGUGACGGCGGGACGCGUGGACGCAUGCGUGUGUCCGGACGCCACCGUCUUGUCCCACUUUCCCUCGGAGCUUCCUGCGGACGCGUGUUGCCUGAACUUCUCUGGCUCCGCGUUGGGCCGCGUGCGCUGGUCUGUGUUCACCAACGGGACCGUCGUCCAGACUCUGGACCUCUCCCACUGCAACAUCAGCGUUGUGGAUAUGAGUGGAACGGAGUCCACGGCGCUGCAGAGGAUCUACUUGCAUCAUAACGUCAUCGAAGCGUUGCCAGGGGACUUUCUGGCCCGGCAGCCCAGCCUCACGGAGGUGGACCUGAGCUGGAACCUGCUCCGGGAGCUUCCGGACGGUUUCCUGCGGAACUCAGACAGCAUCGAGAAGCUGGACCUUCAAGGAAACCAGCUGCAGUUCCUCCCCAGCUCAGUGCUGCAGAAGCCCCGUCUGCAGCGCCUGGAGCUGGACUCAAACCCCUGGGACUGCUCCUGUUUGCUGCUGGAAGGCCUGGAGGACGGCGCCAGGGCCAACCGGACCGCCCAGCUGCAGGGCCUGCUGGGAAACCUCACCUGCGUCUCCCCCCGGCACCUGGUGGGCCGGACGGUGUGGUCGCUGCGGCUCAGGGACGCCUGCCGCCCGCCCGGCCUCACGGCGCUCUUCAUCGUGCUGCCCCUCGUCAUCCUCUCCGCCCUGGUGCUCUGCUGGUGCUGCGGCAGGAGGUCCAAGGAGGCGUCCGUGUUCGGCUCCUCCAGGAAGCGGAGCUUCAGCCCCAACGGGCAGAAGCAGCGCGGCGGGCCGGCGUCAGCGGCCGGCGCCGGCGCCGCCGUGCAGAGCGAGGCCGGGCCCCGUGGCAGCGAGGGCAUCCUGAAGAACCAGCUGCUGCUGCGCCCGGCCUCCACCCUCCUGGGGAGCAGCCGGGACCUCUACGAGGAGGUGGAGGUCAAGCUGGGCUCGGCGGCGUCCACUCCCCGCGCGUCCUCGCGCUGCUCCGGCUCCACCGAGGGGAGGCCGGGCUCCCAGGGGCCCAACGGGGCCGGUAGGACGGAGCUGGACACCGUCAGCGUGACGGAGGUGAUGAAGGACUCGGCCGACAGGGAGAAGGCCUAUCUGAGCCAGUCCACCGAAUACUACAGCCUGGUGCCGGGCAUCGAGCUGGAGGACUCGGACCACGGCGAGUACGAGAGCGUUGACCUCUCGUGACACAGAAAAGAUUAUUUCACUACUUCACCUGCUCUGGUAGUCGACACACUGUGUGCAAAGAUGUCUGGUGUCUGUAAAUCAACAGAAGUGCGUGAAUUAUAGGGGAACUGGUGCAACACAGCUGAUAAGCUACAACCCUUGCACUGUCUCUCCGGUGCUUAAAGUCUGUGUGACGUUUAAAUCUUCUUUUAAGUCAUAGACGUGUGUUGCUGCAGCAUCCACACAGAGAUACGGCCGCCGCAGUAUCACAAUGGAAGAGGAGGCGAUAUGAUCUGGAGCUUUUCCUGUGGGACCUGAGGAACGCAGCCGCUUUUAAAGGGAGGGUCCCUUUCUGCUCUCUGGAAAAAAGCAGUGGUUUUAAAGGUGCAGAGACUUUUGUCCUGGUAAUUUUCCCCACGCGUCGACGCGGUUGCUUUACUUUUGCUUUUGCUCAUGCUUUGACUCGCGCUAAGGUAGGAAAAUGCCAGGCUGACCAGACGCACAUGCUGGUUUAAGAUUGAAAUCUGUGCCGGUCGGUUCAGUAAAGUGAGACGCGUGACGACACCGGAGAGGAGGCGCACACAAAGGAGCAAAUCAUGGUGAUUGUGGCGGCGCAGAGACACCUGAUUGUUAUCUACGAGGCGCCUCACUCACACCGGCUUCAGCUGCUUUUAAAUGGGAAAUGUGUCAUUUAUGUGUGAUUUAAAAGUUUCAUUUAUCACCAUUUCAAAGUUUCAUGCAUCUACAAAAACAGACAAUUGACUGAAUGCUGCAUCCUUUCAUGUUAUUGUGCACAGAAUAUAAACAAAUUCUAUUUAA